AUGGACACACCCCGCAAGCCUGUCCCCAAAGCUUCUCCCACCCCGGUGAUUCCCACUGUUGCAAAAGGGGGCCACGAGAAGGACUCCUUGUACUGGAAGCUUCGAAGGCAUUGCGUGAUCAAGAAGGGCGAGUGCUCCAAGGCUGCUUUGGAUUUGUGGAAAACAAAGGAUGGCCGAGCAAAGCUCAAGGAGUUGAUGAUCAAGAAUGGCAUGGACUUCGGCAAUGUUGAGGUGGCGCUGAAGCGACAGCAGCGGACUUCAAUAGGUCACAGGAGACAGGGAAGGAAGAUGGCCGACUCUUCUUUCGAGUGGGCGUCGAAACAGAAUCUGAUCAGAACAAACCCGAUGCAUGGUGAACAAGAGGCGAAACUGAUCCUGGAAGAUGGCUUUACCUAUGACCAUGUCCAAGAUGAGGACCAACAUGGCAACUUCCUGUCGGAUGAGCUCCCGACUGGAUCCGGCCUGGACUUGCUGAAGAUGGACACCCAUGAUGGUGAUGGUACCACGCCUGAGGAUCAUGCUGCAGCUUGCUCGGGCUCGUUCAAGCUUACCUUUCCCACCAUCCAAGAGAAUGCAUCGGCCCUGACAGUGUUGCCCCACUGGAUUGAAGUGUGUGGCCGCAAGAUUGACAACACGGCUGCUGUUCUGGACUGGGCCGGGGUAUCAAGUGCACUUUGUAUUUUCGACAUUACUUCAAUGUUGAUUGCCAAACAAAUUGGCAUCCAAGUGAACCACAUGAAGACUAUCUAUGAGAAGCUGGAAGGACUUCAGGGAGAUCUUGCAGCGACCCGAACCUCUAGGCCAGAGACGCAGAAGAAUAUCUUGAAGCUUUGCGCUGAAGCCACCAAAACCGACGUGGCUUUGAACAACUUGGUGGUCCGCUCCAGGAGUUUGAAGGGUGCCCCGCGAUCCUCGACCAAGCCGGGAUCUUCGGGAGCCAAGCCACCGGGAUCUAAACCCAAGGAUUCCAGUCCUGCUGCAUACUGCAUAGGCCCACGAAGCGAAGAUGAGACUGACUCAGACCUGGCGGAUGAGCUUUUGGUUGGCUUGGAGGAAGAUUGGAUCGACACCAUCUUCAACUACGGAGGGCACUUCUUGCUAGGUGGACGGUCUUUGGACCACAUUGACUCCUUCAAGAACGAGUUGUUCACAUUCUGGUCCAAUUACAAAGUUAUUGACCCCGAACUGCCAUUCUUUGAAAGGGGCGGGGCUGAUGAAGACUCCUGGUCAUGCACAAUUCCGCUAGCAAUCCACGGAGAUGAGGGGCAUUCUUUGUGCACUCGGCUGCUGUACGCCAUCCUGCCAUCACCAUACACCAAGCAGAGCUUCCACAGACUGCUGUCAGUUCUGAAGGAUGAUUUGAAUAAACUUGAGGACGAUGGCGACUGGUGGGAUGUGAAGGGCGCUGUGAAGACCUUGCCACCGGAAGCGAGUCACCCUAGUCCCUUCAAGGCGGGUGACAGAAGCCCACUGAGGGACUUGCAUCUUGGGGAUUCGACUAAGUACAUCAAAAUCGACCCAGCCCAUACGUUUGCUAUAGAUGGUAUCGGCAAAGAUUUUCUCGCAUCUUCAAUCAUCAUGUUAGCAAGGGCUGGGCACUUCGGGAAUGGACCCAUUACCUAUUGCUGGCAAAACGCCUAUGCGAACUUCAUUGCCUAUUGCAAUGCCUACAAGAAGAGCACCAGCAUCUCUGAAUUUAGCUUUUCCACCUUCAAGCUCAAUGCAUUUCCACGUGGCCUUGGCAAGGGUCAUGACGCAGCGGAAGGCAGGUUCAAAGACAUCUUGGCCGUGAUCAAAACCAGCAUUUGUGCCAACGAUCGGUUUUGGAGGGCCAUCUACGCACAUGGGAUUUGGAUACCACGGCUGGUGGCUGAACAGAUUGUGAAAGAUGGAUGGGUAUUCAACUUUGGGGGGAUUGGCAGCGAAGCUUGGAUUCUACGGCUACCAGGUUAG